CCAUUAACUCUCUCAGUUUCUUACUUUGAAUCCAAUCCCCAAGCAAAAACUAAAAUAAAAAAAUAUAUUUCUUGUCCUAUUUUUCUUAAGAAAGUAAAAAAGAGAAAAAAUGAAAAUCCCAUUUGUAAACAAGAACCACUCUUCAUUUUUGUGUUCUUCAAAUUCAAAUUCAGUUUCAUCAUCAACAAAUUCCACAUCAUGGGCAUGGCCUUCUUGUCAUCAAAUCCCCAAAACCAUUUCUUUCAGAGCCACCAUCACUUUCAGCAACCCCUUCCACGAGCAAGAAGACAAGGAGGUUGACCAACCUGAGAUUAAAGAGUCGAUAGAGAGUGUGAUAAAAGGGCUAAGAUCUUCAGAGAGACUCAUCUUCGAAAGCAAAGGAGAAUCCAAUUCUAUACUCGAAGAAGCUACAACUAAGCGAGUACAAGAAGAGGAAGAAGAAGCAGAGGAGGAGGAAGGUUUCUUGCUCUUGUCCAUGGAAUCAAACGACCCUUACUCUGACUUCAAGAGAUCCAUGGAGGAGAUGGUUGAGGUACACUCGCUUCACCACGACUGGAGAAGCCUCGAGCAUCUUCUUGUCCAGUUCUUGAAAGUCAACGCCAAGACCAGCCAUCGAUACAUCUUCGCCGCUUUUGUCGAUCUACUCUUGAACUUAGCACCAAACGCUAUUGAACCCAUCAAUAACAACAUUGCCAAAGACUACGUGGACGGCGUUUCGGCGUCACGCGCCGCCGCCGGAGAGGCAAGCACUUCUUAUUGUACCAGUAUAAGUCUUGGAGAAUCUCCGUUAUCACCUUUGUCGUUCUACACGUCGUGUUCUUCAUCUUCUUCCUCUGAUGAGACUUCAUCCACGUCCGUACGAUUCUUGCCGUUGUCUUCGUUGUUAGAGAUGGAUGAGAAAACUAAAGACAUUUUGGUUUAGAAUGAUUUUCUUUAUUUCUUCUUAAUUUGUAUUUUUAGUUUAAUCGAGUAUUUGUGCAGAGUCGUAACACUACGCUGAAUAUUGCUAUAUUGGUAUUUAUUGUGUUUACUUCUUAAUAUUUAGAUUAUGCCGACUU